AUCUCUUCCCUUAACUCUUCUCUCUCCCUUCCCCUCUAUUUCUGGGAAUUACUGUCCUCACCCCACGUUCCCAUUCCCAUGCAUUAAACACGUUCACACUUCAAUUCAAACGCAUAAAUAAAAAACCCUUUGCAAUUUGCUAAUUCCCGGAAGAUCCAAGCUGUAUUGCAAACUCAUCUAGUUUUGAAAAUUUACCAAAAAAACAAAGAGAGACAAUUUUGAUGGAGAGAGAGAGAGAGAGAAUAAUUGAUUGGGUGGAUGAAGUUGUUCUAUUGUAUCCAUCGCAUCUGACUCUGAUCUAAGUGGGAAGUGACUUGUUCCGUCAAAAUUCUGAUAAGGCAAGUCAAACCCACAAAAAGCAACUGAACUAGAUUGUUUCAUGCUACAAAACCUCGUGCCUUGUCUCCUCUUUUGUCAAGCGUGACAAAAUUGAUUUUUUGUUACUCAAAAAGUUUCCUUUUUUAAAAUUAAUUAAAAUAGUACAGUAUAUAUUAGUAAUUUGGGAAGCUUAGCAUUUAAAAGUUGGAUUCUUUUGGUUCACGGGUAGAGACAGUUUGUGUUGGGCAAGAUCACAGAAUUGGGUUGCUCAGAGAUGGGUUCCUACGGACACCUUGCAAGGAGGGUCAUGGAAACUGAGAUGCCCGUUAUGGUUCAGAUGCAGGAAUUGCUCCGAGGAGCUAAGAAUGCCGUGUCUUUGGCCCAGUGAGAGAAGGAGAUGGAGUUUCCAAUGUCUGAUCGUAAAUUUCUGUAGCUUGCUUGGGAGUUUGGUGUGUUAUGGAGAUAUUGAGAAAUGGGAACAGUUUAUUUAGUACUUGUUCUUUUUCGGAAACUUCAAACGAUGAUUACAGACACUGAGACACAGUUUUAGCUCUAAACGUGCUUGUGGAUUGUGGUCACUAUAUUAUAAAUUUGGUGCCUUCUUGAUCUAGAAAAUGGCUGAGCCACAACAUUUCUUAUGGGAAACUGGAGAUGAGAUGAAGUGGCAUAUUCAUGAAUAUUUUGCCUCGAAAUAUCGCUAAAGUUGAAAGAUGCAUACCAAAAAAAUAGAACCGAAUUUAGAAAAUCACACAUGGAAUAAGGGGGUGGUCCAUUGGCAACCUCCCAAGCAAGCGUUGGAAAAGGUGAAAGAACUUGUAUUUGACCCCAUAGUUAGUCGUUAUGGUAAUGAUGAAGGUAUUCCUGAACUCAGAGAAGCACUGAUCAAAAAGUUGCGUGAUGAAAAUAAGUUGCACAAAUCUUCAGUAAUGGUUACGGCAGGUGCCAAUCAGGCAUUUGUGAAUCUGGUUCUUACACUGUGUGAUCCAGGGGAUUCCGUGGUUAUGUUUGCUCCUUACUACUUCAAUGCCUACAUGUCCUUCCAGAUGACUGGCAUUACCAAUAUACUCGUUGGACCAGGCAACCCAGAAACACUUCAUCCUGAUGCAGAUUGGUUGGAAAGAAUAUUAUCUGAAACUAAACCUGCCCCAAAGCUUGUUACUGUUGUAAAUCCUGGCAAUCCAACUGGAACUUACAUUCCCGAGCCCCUUCUAAAGAGGAUUUCAGAUCUCUGCAAGAAUGCAGGCUCUUGGCUUGUUGUUGAUAAUACAUAUGAGUAUUUUAUGUAUGGUGAUCUGAAACACUCUUGUGUGGAGGGAAAUCAUAUUGUUAACGUUUUCUCAUUCUCCAAAGCAUAUGGAAUGAUGGGAUGGCGUGUUGGAUACAUAGCAUACCCAUCUGAAGUAGAAGGAUUUGCUGCCCAACUUCUUAAAGUUCAAGACAACAUUCCGAUUUGUGCUCCGAUAUUAUCUCAGUAUCUUGCCCUCUUUUCAUUGGAACUGGGGCACGAAUGGGUUGCAGAGCGGGUAAAAAGUCUUGACAAGAACAGAGAAAUUGUUUUAGAAGCUCUCUCUCCUCUUGGAGAGGGGUCUGUGAAAGGAGGAGAAGGUGCUAUAUACUUGUGGGCAAAGCUCCCAGAUGGAAAUGGUUACGACGAUUUCGAAGUUGUUCGCUGGCUAGCUAACAGGCACGGCAUUGCAGUGAUCCCAGGAAGUGCAUGUGGUAGUUCUGGCAAUCUUAGGAUUUCAUUUGGAGGCUUGACAGAGAAUGAUUGCAGAGCUGCUGCAGAGAGACUGAAGAAAGGCUUAGAAGAAUUGGUUAGAGAUGGACUGCGGCAGUAACUGAAGGGAAAAAAACAACACAAAAGAUAUCAUCACAUAAAAAUCCACUUGCCAAUGUAGCAAGUUUGCAACUUGUGCAUUUGAAUUUGAAUUCAAUAAAUGAUAUGUGGGAUAGCAAGUUUCUAUUAUUUUCAUUUUGAUAUUCAAAACAAUGGCUCCAAAUAAAUGCAUGCACUUCUUCC